AUGUCUUUCAACGCACUGCAAUUUUUUGUUUUGGCUUCAUCGUUUUUAUUUACUGUUCAAAGCAGGCCAACAGGUAAGUUCAGUCAUUAUAACUAUGUAAACAUUUCUGUUAUCUUGAAUUAAACUCCUCAUUUGGCUACAUGGUUUGUUUAUACUCAAAAUAAUUGUUUUCCUCCUGGCAACUGAACCAAGGUUGUAGCUUUCCUAUGAGCAGAUUUUAUGAUGCUUACCUCUACACACUAAUUGAGUAUAAAAUGUGGAAUUUUUGAUGUGUAUUUAUGGAGAUUGGACCAGUUUCAAAAAUAAGACUGAGAAAGAAGUUAGAAAAUGUUUGUUCAAUUAUUGUUCUUCAUUUUUAGCCUAUUUCUUCCUCUAUCAAUCAAUGAUAAGACAUUGGUACAAUUCUUUUUUAAAUAAAAAAAUAAAAAUGCUACAAAGGCAGGAGAGCACAGAGAGCCUUAGAUAUUCUCUUUGCAACCAGGUCAAGGGGCUGUAAGUGCAAAGGGCAGUAUGAGCUGUUUGACUAAACGCAACUUCUGGAUUAUAAUCAUGUCAGCGCUUUUAGGCUGUCAUAGAAUCUGUGACUGAACAGAAGGAGGAAGUAAAGAGAUGAUACGACAGAGCGAUAAAAACUCAAGGUUGAGGAAGUCUGGAAAAAAACAAAACAACAAAAACACAAAGGUUAUGCCAUCUUGUUUUCAGACUUUGAUUUUGAAAAACUGGAGCGGCGUUGGCAGUUUUCUUUCUCUAUUAUUAAAAAUGUACUAACGUGUGUUUUCUACUAUUUUAUUCCAAGUAAAAGUAAAAACAGAACAAAUAUUGGUUUGCAUAUUCUAUGUUCAUGACCCACCAGAGCGUACCCUACAUACCAAAGUCUUCCUCACCUUAUCUAACCUUGAAUAACUCUACACUACUUCUUUCUACUCUACUCUACUAAGUUGCUGUUAAAUGUCUUUUAAGAUGCCCAUCAUUGCAGAUCUAUAAAAAUGACAGCAGAUUUUUUUACUGGAUAAGAUAAAAUCUCCUCAUCUCUGUCCCUUAUUUUCACAUUAACAGGGGUCCACUUGCGUAACAUGGCCGGCUUUAUCCGAGCUGUUCAACAAGUAGAAGACUCAAACCCUGGUCUUUCGCCUCUGGCUCUUAUCAGGGCUCUGAGGAAGACUGCUGGCCAUGAUGACAUGAUGACCAUCCAUUUUCUGGGUUCUUCUUCUAAUCAAAGUGAGGCUGAGAUGUUGGAGCCAGCCAUCCUCAACACCACAGCCUUUAGCUUCUUUGACAAGGCCAUCCACCAUAUUGUUACAGCCCAAGGAGAGGAACGAGGAGUGGUGCUAGCUCCAGAUGGCACCACAGUGGCCCUUGCACCUCUACUGCUGGGAAUCGAAUCAGGGCUUAAAGCCAAGGUGGAGGGGACACCAGAUGUUGGGAUCUUCCCUCUCACUUUAGGCAGGCCAUUGGGCUUAUCCUUCCUCAGUCUGCAGGACUUCCCACCAUCCACUCGCCUGGGGCCUGAUGGGUGCUGGGAUAACGUCGACCUACCCAAGAUGUUCAAGCUCUCUCGUUCAGCCACUCUGGCCACUGAUGCUAUUAUUAAUGGGGGCAUGGAUGGAGUGAUACUGGGCACAGAUAUUGGCAACCGAUCUGCAUCUCAACAGUUGCAGCCCCUCAGUGAGAUUUUAAAAGGAUACUAUAGUUUCAGUCUGAGUGAGGGGCAGGGUCUUGAUGCUGUGAUCGACCAUAUCAGCCCGAGGCGAAGAGAGAUCUCGAGAGCUAUUCUGGAGCCACUGGAUCUAAACAGGGAGGUGAUGGAGACGCUGAAAUUAGUCUGGAAGUUGGAGAAGACGGAAUGGAUUGCAUUUGACACUGGAGUGGAGAAGGCUGUGAAGGAUGGAUUACAGGCAUUUGUGCACAAAUACUGGGGUAAGCGAGUAUAGUUGUAUUUUAGACACAGUUUCAGCAGGAUACCUGAAAGGAUAAAAUAAGAACAGACUUCAGGUAGAAAACCUCUGUAAUGGAUUGAUUAUCUAUGUAUUAUUUUUUACAUCUAUAUACUAACCGUAACCCUGAAAUCAAACAAAAACAGAAAUAUGGUUGAGUUUAAAAUGUGUUUAAUUUAACCUUUAUUUAACCAGAUAAGUCCCAUUAAGAUCAGGAUCUCAUUUACAAGGGUGGCCUAGCCAAGAGGUCAGCAGCUCACACCAUAAUAAAUACAAAUUCAGAAAUAAGAAAAUAUAAGUAUGAAUUUAGACUCUAGCUUUUCACCUUUAUUUUUGAAUAUCAAUAUAAAAGCUUUUCAGUCUGUUCGGGGUAAAAAAAAUUCAUUGUCAUUUUGUACCUAAACUUCUCCACUUUCUCUCCUCCCCUUUCUCAGACUGCCCUCAAAUCAUCCCUCGCUGCCAAUGGGGGGCCAAAAACCACCGGGGCACACCUCUCCCACUGUCCCUGCCCCUUCGCUUCCUGUUUGUUCAUCACACCUAUGAGCCAUCCUCACCAUGUUUAAACUUUUCAAGCUGCUCUAAAGACAUGAGAUCCAUGCAGAGAUUCCAUCAGGAAGAUCGAGGGUGGAGCGACAUAGGAUACAGGUAACCCUCCUUAAAAGUGAAAAUAGAAAUAUCUAUAAAAACAAAUACAAGGACAUUUUUCACACUGAUAGUUAAAGUGCUAUUUGAGGGUAAUAUUGAUCUUCUUAAUCAAGUCUUGGAACAUAGUAAUAGAGUAUAUUCUCUAAAAAGGGAUGAACUAUUCCUUUAAGCAGAGAUAAUGCACUUUAUUUCCUCUCUUAGCUUUGUGGUGGGCUCAGACGGUUACAUCUAUGAAGGCAAAGGUUGGAAUCUCAUCGGCACACACACCAGGAGGCGCAACUCCGUUGGGUAUGGUGUAUCAGUCAUUGGUAACUACACUUCCACAUUGCCGUCUCGCCACGCCAUGGACCUGUUACGUCAUCGUCUGGUUCAAUGUGCAGUAGAUGGAGGGAAACUGGCCGCCGAUUUCACCAUCCAAGGCCACAGACAAGUGGUGAACUACACCACCUGCCCUGGUGACAAAUUCUUUUCAGAAAUAAGAAGCUGGGAGCACUUCAGAGAAUGAAAAGACCAUCUCGUCCAAAAUGAAUGGAUGUAAAGGGUUUAUCUGUUGGCUGUUUAUUUCAGUAACUUCAGAAAUGGUGUUAGUGACUGAGCUGAUUUUUUAUAUAACUCUUCAAGAGUCUGGACAACUUCAUUAUCUCAACAUUUAAGAGCAAGAUUAUGCUUUUCUUUUCAAAACAAACACCAACCCAUGUUCACACCUUUCUCUCAUUUAUCAAUAUAUACACGUGUUCAUGUUUUAUGAUUAAAGCUGACACACUUUUUUAAAUCCUAAGCUUUGAAAACACAUUCAUCUCAUUUCUUAUCUUUUCAACAUACAAGAUAUGGACUGAAAAGACAGAAGCACGAAGAGAUCCACCAACUCUAUUAAACAUGAUCUUUUCUUAUGUCCAUCUCUUUAUUGCUUCAAGUAUUUCACCGGCAGGAUUUAUUGAACGGUUAGGUCAGUGGCUGAAAUGUGCACAGAGAGAGAGAAAGAGAGAGAGAGAGAGAGAGAGAGAGAGAGAGAGAAACACAAAUUUAAUAUCCAGAGACAUCCAUUUUAUCAGAGUGUUUUCAUCUGAGGAGUUGGAAUUGGAAAUUGAUCGCCAUCUUUUUGUAAUGACACAGUCUGACGUCAGGAGAUGCUGAUUUAUUUAAAGUAACAUUUAGAUUUCCAGCCUUCCUACCUGUCCACAGGUCACUUUUAAAACCUCUCUGCUUUAACAUGACCCACUUUUCCGCCCACUCGGACACUACAUGACCUGACCUGUGCUGCUUUACUCAACCACGUGUUUACUUGUAGAGUUCAUUGUACCAUGUGAACAUACAGUAGAUGAAAUUGGGACGUUGAGGUGUAAAGCAACAAUGAUACUAGUUUAAUGCUCAAGUUUCAUAUCUGAGCGUCUUGUUUACACAACCUUUCACAUGUCCAGUUUUUCAGUCGUCAUGGUUUUGUCUGGGCCACUAAAGACUUUUGGGGUUUCCACCCACAAAAUCAGUCUGCAAACUUGUAGAAUGCAAUUAUAUCUAAAGAUUUUUCCCAGUUUGGAUUUUGCACGAGAGACAGUUACAACAAGCUAUUCAUUUACACUUGCGCCAUCUUCAGGACAAGGAUGAUAAGUGACACACACACAGAUCUGCAAACUGCAGCUGUCGGUAGAUCCAGGAACUGUACCAGUCUGUUUAGUUGGAUUUUUCUUGUAUCCCAAAGACUGACCCAAAAAAUACCUCUGUGAGAGUCAAAUAAACUUUAUAAAAACUCCUUUUGACCUAAAUUGUUGUAUAGUCUUAUAUGGUUAUUCUGAACCAGGGCCUUUUGAUGUCCAUGAUUUAAACUUUAAAUAACCUUUAAGAGAUUAAUGUUAAGGCAAUGAUUUUAUUGAUACAUAAACUGUUGUUGGUUUUAAUGCCUAAAGCUGUUCAUAACUAACUUUAAAGUAUGGGUAAAUAACUUAUGUUUAGACUUUUAAGAUAGAGAUCUGCUUCUAUUUGAAGUUUCUACGAUUUCUGUCACUGAUUUGCUGUUUCAGUUUGUAUCUAUGAGCCGUUCGCAGUAACAUCUGAUGCUGCAACUCUAAGAUGAGUUUAACGACAGGCCAAACCACACAAACUUCCUGUUGUUUUUCAGAAACCGAUGUAGCAUCCACACCUCACAUCCCUCACUUGGGCCUCACUCAAAAUUUAGGUUAAGUUUGAUUAAUAUUAAGCUGAGAAACCCAAACAAGAGAUAUCAUGUUCAUCAAUGAUUAGCAAAUAAUAGCCACCAACAUGAAGAUAGCAACACACUUCUAAGCUUUUGUUAGAUAGUCUACAACAAACUUUUUAAAAUCACUGAUAACCGUUUAUUGAAAAUAAAUAGACACCGAACCUUAACCGGUUACAAUUAUGAGAUUAUGUGAGAUUAGAAAACACUUGCAUGUGCUAAAAAAUCUCAUGAAAUGGGGUGUGUUUUAGGGUGUUUCUACCUUUUGUUGCAACCAAGGCAACAAUCGCAAUAAGCACCAACAUUAGAUCUGAAGUAUAGUUAUUUAUCACUCCAAAGGAACAUGAUGGGGAUAAACUGAAGUUCGGCAGCUCUAUACCUCACAAAGAUCGGGGUAAAGGUUACUGAUGUUUGAGUGCAUACCUCAUAUGGAAAGUAAAAGUAUAGCCACUUAGACCAGACUGUGCAAAACAUAGUCAUGGGAGGCACUCCACUGAAACUGUAUUCAUCAUCAAAUCAUUGCUGAAUCAGUGAUAAGGAAUAAAAUAAACCUUAUCUGAUUGGACUUUGGCUUUUUUUUUUUUUUUUUAACUUUUUCCUCUUUUAUAAUGGAGAAAUUUAUCAUUGCCAAUAUGUAUACCCCUCAAGAAUCCAGAGUUCAGACCAACAGGAUGAAAACUGGAAGUAGAAAGUUCAGUACUCUCAUGCCAUAUCCCUAAUCCUAAUCCUAAUUUAAUUAAAGAGAAGGUGUCAUAGCUCAGUGUGUUGCACUGUGUGAAGGUAAAAUGGGAGGAAAUUGUAAGUACUUGUGCUGUUUUUCUCCUUAAAUUGCCAAACUUCUUACGCAGAAGUUAUUUAAACUUUUAACUUUUUUUCUCCCUCUGUCUUUUGUAGCUCCUUAGACCAUUUAACGUCACAAUAUGGAAGUUACAGAUUUUUACAUGUCACUAUACUGUGAGUUAUUCUGACAGUGCUAUAUGAUUAAUCUAUUAAUUUGGUAAAUGCAAUAAAAAGAGAUAAAAGAAAAAAGAGAUAAAGCCAAUAAAAGAGACAAAAGCAAGGUGAUAAAAAAGAUAAAGGUAAUAAAAUAAAAAAAGGAAUUAUGAUGAUAGCAAUAAAGAGAUGAAAGCAAUAAAGGAGUUAAAGGCAAUAAAAGGAGAUAAAAGCAAUAAAGAGAUAAAAGCAAUUAAAAAGGUAGUAGAAAUUAAGAUAAAAAGCAAGAAGAGUUACAGUUAACAUAAUAAGCCUCUUCAGUGAGAGCCAUUUCUUGUAAACCAGCUGCUUCUGCCAAUUUGUCUUCACUUUCUCUCUACUGCUAAAUCAGCAACACAACACCCCCUGUAGGUGAAAGAAAAAGUACCAGAAAGAACGAGGAAGUCAGAAGGAAACUGAAAGAACAAGUGGAGAGAUAUAAAUACGGCCAUCCUGAAGAAGACUUGAAUCAGAGAGCAGACGCAGGGACACGGAGCCAGAGCUUUUACAUUCCAAUCUUGGGGAGACCAACAGAAAAGGACACGACAAAAAUGGGUUGGUGCUUCUCUAAAUGUUUCGUUUAUAGAGUUGACUUUUGUUGUGCUUGUGGUGUAAAACACAAUUCUACUUAAUGUCAAGAUUCAAUGACAAGGACAUAGCUUGUGAACACAUCCUGUUCAGCGGAAUGUCUGUUACUUUCACUUAUUCGGGGUUUUUUUUCGCACUUAUGUUUUGUGGUAGUUUUGUUGUGUUGAUUUGUUAAGGAACAAUAAUAAUGAUGAUAAUAAUAAUAAUAAUAACAUUUGCAGGUUAUGGAAAUAUCAUGAGAGUGGAAACUACCGGUGCAUCAUGGCAAACAGCUCAACAGGAUGGGCUGGGAUGCUCAGGUAAACACCACAGCAGCCAAACACAGGAUCUAAUUCAGACUGAAACUAUUAGUGCCCAACCUCCACAGAGAAUUGUGCAUCUUAUCAUUCACAUUUUAUUCACCAAUUUCACACUUAUGGAGACAUUUAAGCUCAAAUAUUCAGGGUUCCUACGUAAGUAUGAAAAGUAUGGAAUUAAUCUAAUCAAUUUCCAGGUCUUAAAAAGUAUGGAAAAUAAAAAAUAAAGUAUGGACAAGUAUUUAUGUUUCCAGACAAUUAUCACAGUUCUAAAACACUGUUUUCUAAAACAGAAAAGUAGGUAUUUCCAAAAAUAAUUCUAAAAAGUAGGGUAUGGAAAAGUAUGGAAAUUCCAGCUGUGUAGGAACCCUGAAUCUUGUUCCACUAGUUUGUGGAUACAAACGUAUGAAUGUAGAGAACUUAACACACAUCUGUGAAUUCAGUGAACCUAAAUAACUAAACUUAAAAGUCAAGGAAUAGUCCAAACCUGAGGAGAGGUCUGGCCUGUCCUAAACUUUAUAAAACUUGUCUUAAGACAACAGCGAAGGUUGAAACAUGACCAGCAAACCUUACACUGACGUCAUACAAUACAUUAGCAAAAUCCUACAUUACCAACAUUUCUAUCGACUCUAGUUUUUUAUCAGGAGACAAAGUAAUGACACAAUGAUAUGUCCGCUCCCUGUGCAAAAAUCAUCAUCAAACAAAAAAUAAUAGAUUUUUUGUUUUUCUGAGGCUGUCAUCACUUUUUUCUGUUUGAUCCCUCUCUAAAGGAGUGCAGGCAUCCCACACCAUGGCACAGACUGAUGCCGAUAGAAUGAAAGCGUACAGGUCUAAAAUCAACCGUGUGGGGGCUCAAAAUGGAAUCGACCCGGCUCUUAUUGCUGCUAUCAUCUCCAGAGAAACUCGGGCUGGAAAUGCGAUAAGGAGCACUGGAGGCUGGGGAGACCACGGCAAUGCUUGGGGACUGAUGCAGGUUGUGAAUAACACUGUUAAAAGCAGGAUUUUAGUCCAGCCUAAGAUUUUGGUAAAAUAUUUAGAGUGUACGUUCCCAAAUUUGCAGGUUGAUGUCAAUCCAAAUGGAGGUGGGCAUACUGCACGGGGAGCAUGGGAUAGUGAGGAGCACCUCAACCAAGCCACUGGGAUCUUGGUCUAUUUCCUUGGACGGAUCAGUAAAAAAUUUCCAAGCUGGAACAAGGAGCAGCAGCUGAAAGGUUUGUUUUAAAGAGCCAGCAGACCUAGACCUGUACGACUCUCUCUGGUAUUCUUGGCUUCACUUUUGGUGUAUUUUUCUCUCCAGGAGGUAUUGCAGCCUACAAUAUGGGGGAUGGAAAUGUCCGCUCCUAUGAGGGUGUUGAUGCUCGCACUACAGGUGGAGACUACUCCAAUGAUGUUGUUGCCAGAGCUCAGUGGUACAAGAACAACUGUGGAUAUUAACAGUCAAACUUUGUCAUGACAAAAUAUCCUAUAAUACCUCUGAUGUAAGUGUAUCAUAAUAAAAACAGUUUAAACCUCA